GAGAACCAAUGGCGCUAGCGCUACUGCCAUUGGUUGGAAAACUAGGUUAGUGGUCCGACAGGCAUGACGGUGAAGAGAAACUGGGUCACUGAUUGAAAAUCGUUUAUGUCACAGUUCUUUGGCUCUCUAUAACACAUUACCAAGUGGACGUCAAUGGAUAGUCAAAUCCUACUGGAGCAAAUAGUUACACUGGCUGCACCUGCUACCUAGGGAUCAGAUCAGAUUGGGAGCACAUUACCUACCUUCCAGAGACCACAUAAGAUUGAGGCCGACCACACUGCUCUGGAUACUACUCGGCCAGUUAAGGAGGCCUGUUCCUGUUUCGUAUCCAGUUGAGGGCUGAGGAGUGGAUGGAAGGAGAUGAUUUUAACACAGAGGCUGUGAUGAACAUCUGUGAUGACCUGAUGGCAGACCAAAGGAUGGACAUCUCCUCUACAAUGACUGACUUCAUGUCCCCCAGCUCCACCGACCUCAUCUCCAGCUCUAUCAGCACUCCUAGCAUGGACUACACUCGUAAGAGGAAGGGCAGCACCACAGAAUAUCAAAUCGAUGGAUUCUCAUUUGAUGAUAUGGACCCAGACAAAGAUAAACUGGGAAGUGACCAACCGGGCCGAAUAAAGAAUGCCAGAGAGGCUCACAGUCAGAUUGAGAAGCGUCGAAGGGACAAGAUGAACAGCUUCAUUGAUGAACUGGCGUCACUGGUGCCCACAUGUAAUGCCAUGUCCCGUAAACUGGACAAGCUCACAGUUCUUCGCAUGGCUGUUCAGCACAUGAAGACACUCAGAGGAGCAGCAAAUCCAUAUACUGAGGCCAAUUACAAGCCUGCCUUCCUUUCCGAUGAUGAGCUGAAGCAUUUGAUCCUAAGAGCUGCUGAUGGUUUCCUGUUUGUGGUUGGAUGUGAUCGUGGAAAGAUUCUUUUCGUUUCAGAAUCAGUUUUCAAGAUUCUUAACUACAGCCAGAAUGACCUCAUAGGUCAGAGUCUCUUUGACUACCUUCAUCCAAAGGACAUUGCCAAGGUCAAAGAACAGCUGUCUUCUUCCGAUACAGCCCCUCGUGAGAGGCUCAUUGAUGCUAAAACUGGUCUUCCAGUAAAGACUGACAUCACGCCUGGGCCAUCUAGACUUUGUUCUGGUGCCAGACGAUCAUUUUUCUGUAGGAUGAAGUGCAACAGGCCGUCUGUCAAAGUAGAGGAUAAAGAGUUUCCCUCAACCUGCUCAAAGAAAAAAGCAGAUCGCAAGAGCUUCUGCACCAUCCAUAGCACAGGAUACCUUAAAAGUUGGCCGCCCACAAAGAUGGGUCUUGAUGAAGACAAUGAGCCUGAUAACGAAGGCUGCAACUUGAGUUGCCUGGUGGCCAUCGGUCGGUUGCACCCGCAUAUUGUCCCCCAGCCCAGCUUGGCAGAUAUCAGAGUGAAGCCCACCGAGUAUGUCUCCCGGCAUGCCAUUGAUGGGAAAUUUGUCUUCGUUGACCAGAGAGCAACAGCCAUCCUUGCUUACUUGCCUCAAGAGCUGCUGGGAACAUCCUUCUAUGAGUAUUUCCACCAGGAUGACAUUGGCCAUCUGGCAGAGUGCCACAGACAGGUGCUGCAGAUGAGAGAGAAGAUUAACACCAACUGUUACAAAUUCAAGAUCAAAGAUGGCUCUUUCAUCACACUGAGGAGCCGAUGGUUCAGCUUUAUGAACCCCUGGACCAAGGAGGUGGAAUACAUAGUUUCCACUAACACUGUUGUGUCGUGUCCUAUGAUAGAAGGAUCAGAAUACACUCAAUCUGCUGCCUCCCCACAGAGUAUGGACAGUGUUCUCCCUUCAGAGGUAGGUGGAGGAAGACGGGCAUUGCAGACGGUGCCUGGCAUUCCCGGUGGCACAAGAGCAGGAGCUGGGAAAAUUGGAAGAAUGAUUGCAGAGGAAGUUAUGGAGAUCCAAAGGAUCCGAGGCUCCUCCCCUUCCAGCUGUGGUUCUAGCCCAUUGAACAUCACCAGUACCCCUCCACCUGACACCUGCUCUCCUGGGGGAAAGAAGAUUCACAAUGGAGGGACACCUGAGCUAGCCAGCACCGGGAUCCUUCCUGGGCCUGAUUCUGUCGGCUAUCCCUACUCCAACCAGUCCAUCAUGAGCGACAACUCCCACCUGAGUAUAGACAUCAUGGACGAGCCCGGCUCCAGCAGCCCCAGCAAUGACGAGGCGGCCAUGGCUGUCAUCAUGUCCCUUCUGGAGGCGGACGCUGGCUUAGGCGGCCCCGUGGACUUCAGCGACCUGCCUUGGCCUUUGUAAACAAGCUGAAGGACACGCACCGAGAGAGAGAGAGAGAGAGAGAGAGAGAGAGAGAGAGAGAGAGACCCUCCCAGCACCAGAGCCACCGGUAGAGAAGGUUCAGCCAAGGAAAUGGCUUUACUGUUACAUUUUCCAUUCUGUUUCCUGCACUCUGUUGCAAACUACACUGCAAAAGAGUCAUUCUGAAUGAAACAGAAAUGAAGAUUCAAAUAUAAAAAGUGGCUUCACGGAGCUUCAAGCUGAAUUCAAAAGAAGGCAUUUCGAUAAUAUAUGUAAAGAUGAGCACUUUUGCAGUGAUAGUUAUUGCCACAGUUGGACAUUCUACAAAUGGAUCAGUUAGGAUAACAGUGCUGUGACGCUGACGGACAGGACAGCCUUCUUUCUGACACUGGCUCUGUGCCCCGCUGUCAGCUGCUGAGCCCCAACUAACACGGAAACAUUGGGUGGCUCGUCGCUCCCGGGUGGUAUUAGUCUCCGAGUGUUGUUGUCGGUUUUAGUUGACAUGCAGAAACAGUCACAGCAGUUAACCCUCUGCAUUAUAGCUAAAAAGACACUUCACUCCAAUAAUUCCACAUGAAAGUCUAUUCCAGUUGUCUAUAUAUCAGAGGAAGACAUCUAGCUGUUGUUUCCCUCUUACUUCCACUUUUUAAAUUGCGGCUUGCGUCUGGGUUUCUAUGACUCAUUUGAAAACCAUCGAAAAAGUUGUACUUAGUGGUCCUCAUGAAGCUGAACCAGGUUUUUCCCAUUGACAUUUUAGCUGGCAAUCAUGAUGGCGAAAAAAAACAACUCAUUGCCGUCUUGUGACUCUUCCACCAGGGAAGCAAGCAAAUAAGUUGUUAGAAUGUGACGGGAGCAGCAGUCUAUGUUUUAAGGCCCUGUACCAAGACACCACUCCCCCCCCAAAAAACAACAACAAAAAUAGUGCUCUCAUCAUUCAUUUUGACAGCUGCACACUUUGUCCAGGCAGUCUUCCUGGCAAGCUAAUUAGCAUCAAAGUCAGACAUACGGAGCCCUUAACACAAGUUGACUGUGUUCUCAGUCACUUAACAGUUUAAUACCUGAUGGCUAAGUCAUCUGGGGUCAUUCACACGCUGUAAAUCUUGACACCUGAAAAGCAGAUACGCGCGCUCCACACUGGUUUUCGUUUUUUAAAGGAGACCGGGGACGGAAGUCUCGGGCCACACUGAAAAUUAACGUCGGAAUGUAUGAUCAUUAAUCUUUUUUGGGGGGAGGGAUAAGAUGUAAUGUAUAAGUAUGGAGUUGUCUUUUUUUUUUUUUUUUUAGGAAAAAGUAGUAUUCUCCCAAAAAGUUUGCUUUGAUUAGAAAUUAGUAUUAAGAGAACAAAGUUUAUCUUAUUGCUUGUUAGUGGCUUCCCCCCCCCCAUGUAAAAUCACUUUAUUAAAUAUGUAGUCAUAUUUUGUCAAGAAAAUAAAAAUCGAAAAAUAUAUCCCCCCACCAAAAGUAGUUUUGCCAUAUGUACUGUAUAGUGAAGUUAUAUUUUUUGGAGAUAAAAGGCUGACUAUUGUAAUGAAAUGAAGUUUUUCAAGAACAACAUGAUUUUAUGAGUAUGAAAUUGUAUUUUGUUUAAGAAAAUAAUAAUGCGUUCCCCACAUUAAUCGAAACAAAAACAUUCCCAUAAUAUUUAGAACUAGAAUCGUGCAACUUUAUUCUCCAUAAUUGCUUUAUUCUUAUUAAAUUAUAACUUGAUGCUUGAAACAUUAAAAAAAAAAAAAAAAAAAAAAUUUGCAAUGUUUUCAGUGUGGCCCUAAUACUUCUAGGUACACCUCCUGGGUGCAUUUUACUGCGAAAUUGAUUUUGGUCUAUUUAGCACUUGAAAACAUAGAUUACUACGAUGUGAAACUUUCAAUGGAAAAUAAAUAAAUAAAAAAAUGAAAUGGAAAAAGAAAAACACAAGAUGCAGCAGAGUAAGACUGGAUAUGAUUAAGUCAUGAAGGACGGCCUUGAGUUGUCUGUUCUUCACUUUAGUUUGUGAUCCCUUCAAUGAUAAAAAUGAUAUCUCAACAUGACAUUACCUUGCUGCUGCUAAAAAGCUGUUUCCUUCAAGGAUUUCAAUUGAAAUGGGAUGUCAAGAAGGCGUUCGCGGAUCUCUCCGCCUGCCCGUAUGGAGACAAUACAGUACAACACUGAGUACAUCCAAAAGGUUGAAUAUGGAAGUGUUACAAAAUAUUUGCAGGGCAACUACCACAAGUUGAAACUGAUGCCACAUUUGCCAUGGGAUUUUCAAAUAAGUUAAGAGUAAAUGAAUUAAGUAAAACGUCAGCAUUGCAACUGGGAAUGUGGUCUCAAUUGCCUUUCCUUGAUAAAUAAAGGUUCAAACACAGCUACAAAGAGACUAUAUGGCGUUUGCUUCAUUUAGCGCAUGAGAAGAGGCGAGAGUUGUGGCAGGACAACACUCCUGCAUAUCAUGCACUGAGCAUCUGACAGUUCCUGGCUUACAAGAACAUGGCUUGGAAAGAAAAAACCUUGGAGUUUGAAUUUGAAAUAUAUCUUUUGUGACACCAGUCCUGGAACCUUUCUGACACAUCUCCAAGAAGAUGCUGUAUGUAUCUGGUGCUAUGCCACUGCAUACUACAACAAUGAACAUCUUGUUCAAUUAAUACUUUUCUGACCGUGUCAAUUAAAACGUGUGCAUAAUUACCUUUUGUAAAGGCAUCAUUUUAGAUCCAGCUCUUGUGUUGGAUAUCGUUAUAGUGUGCAAGUGGUCAUAAUGUUGUGGCUGGGAUCUAGACACACUAUUUUACGAGCAAAAAACACAUUUCAAAAUGACUUUUUUUCUACUAAAGCUAGUUCUCUCCAUACGGGCAGUUUUUUUUUUUUCUUUUUUUACUUACUAUAUGGGAUGUCAAGAAGGCGUUCUUGACAUAUAUAGUAUUUGUAUUUAUAAUUUGAUAGUUCUCAAUCAGAUUGUCAGCGGAGCCCUCAUUCCGACCGCCCAUUUUAUACUGAACUGGAACUGCAUGACAGAAAGACAGUCGGUCAGGCAGCAGCUGAUGAGGUUGUCCACUCUCUCUGUUGUAGUGCUUUUUCUGUGUUUUAAAAGCUAGACACUACAAUAAAGUGUUCCCCAAGUCGAUUUCCUGUCCCCACCGGACAAUAAUGUAUCAAACUAUAAAUAUGAUGUUAAAAGUAUACUUUAUGCAAAUAUGAGUAUGAUGUGUAUUGUAUCAGCAGUGAAAUAUUUUUAAAAUAAAACUAUUGUUUCUGUCAGUUUGAA